AUGGAAGAAGUAACAAAACCCGCUCAAGGUAAACGCGAGCGGGAGACACCGGAGGUAACAGGUUCAGAAGAAGAGAUAGUAAAAACUACCACAGUGACCACGACCACGAUCACGACAACGACCGAAAUAAAGCAACGAGAAGAGCCGAUAAAAGUCAACAAAUGGAAUUUAUCAGAAUUGAAGAAUGCGUGUGACGAUCAUGUUCAAAAGUACCUAACAACAAAAGCUCAGUACUGUCAACACCACGUACACACAGACGUCAAGCUCUUUCUUGGGUACGUAUCGUGCGUGUUUGCCUUGGUUGGCGGGUCGUACACGUAUUUCACGCCGUUUCAAGAAUCGAAAGAUGUGACGUUGGUUUGCGUUAUUGCAUAUUUAAUCCUAAAUACGUUAAUGGUUGCGUAUUCAUUGUUUGUUGAAAAAGAUACAAUUUUUGUUGGGUGUCCGAUGGGAAUGGACAAGAAUUCGGAAAAAUAUCACAAACUAAUAAUCCACACCACCACGAAACGGUACUCGGAUAUAUACAAUAUCACAUUUGAAGUAAAACAUAAAAAUGACGCAUCACGUGCGUCGUCUUCUAUAAAUAAUAGCAACGUGUAUACAAUUUCGCGAUCUUAUGGUGGUUGGUUUGAUGUGAACGGCGUGUUGGAUACAGAGAUAUUCGAAAAAGUUUUAGCGGAGGGCAUAAGAGUGGCUCUGUCCGGUGAAAAGCCACACGAGCAAUAA